AAGCGGACUUCCAAUAGAAUUACGCUGCUAAGGCUAAGACAUCAGACAGCUCCCGCCAAUAGAUACAGCGACUGCAGAGUGAUAUCGUGCGAUCAGUGAGGCAAAGUACACAUUGUCACCGAAACGGAAACUUUUACUGUGUCAGUAGCCGGGGAAACUCAUCAGUCGCUACAACAGAAGAUUCCACUGAGAUGAGACUACAGACCUGGGUGUUGCUGUAUGUCCUUCUUCCGCUCGUUGCCAUGGUUUCUAGUAUACCUCUCUACGGGGAUAUGGCGAUAUACACUGACAAAAGAUCCGAAAAUGGAGAUUAUAGUGACAACAUUAAAAAUAUCUUGAGUAUGUUAAUAGCAACACAGGACCUAGCAAGGGACAGACGUGGUUUUAAUCCGGACGUAGGUUUAGGGUCCAGAUGGGCCUCCAUAGAACAGCUUACCAACCAACUUUUAGCCCGAGAACAUCUUUUCAGUGGUGAUUCCCCCGGCCGGAGAUAGGUCGGACCAGUAGUCAGCAGUGUUCCAUACUCGACACUGUAUCUCUUUUUCACAUGUAACAUAUAGAAUUAAACUUCGU